AAAACAUAAACAAGGUUACUGCUGCACGUCUGAACACAUCGCCUUACCUCCUCAUUUAAAUAACUUUUCCUUUUAAUUAUGGACAUGACACUAUACAGGGUCGCAAAAUAAGCAAAAACACAUAUAGCGGAGGACAUAGCUGUACAAUGGCAUCUAAAAGUUCCCUUGAAGAUAUUGAAAAGCGAAUUGUCGAAGUUCUUAAACACCUGCAGCCGACAGACGAUGAUCGACGUGAAUCUGAUCACAAAUUAUUCACAGACUGCGACAUUAAAAACCCUUCAGAAGUAGCUCAUUUGAUGGGACCCAGAGUAAGACUUGAUCGAAAUUCAGAUUUAAUUAGUUAUUUUUCUCUCUGGCUUAUUUAAAUUUGAUAUGUUUCCCAUUUUCGCUUAAAGUUUAUGAGGGAAACCAGGAAGAAGGCAGUGCUGGAAUCAUUUGUUCUAAAAGAGAUCACGAUUCCAAUGGAUAGAAAUCAAGGAGAAGAUCCCUCAAAAAAAUCGUCACCGCAAGAGUGGGGAAAACAAUUUCACAAAGCACUUGAGAAACAAAUUAAUGGACAAAGAACAAUAGAGAGUGUAGAGGGUCGGCUUUUGACAGAGAUGGAAGAGAAAUUUGAAUGCACAUUUGUCCAAGCGGAAGUUGGAAUCUGUGGUUAUGCCGUUAAAAAAUCGAGAGUUGAUUGCUAUAAAGGAAAGAUAGAUGCUGUCGCUUUGCGUCAAAUUCCGGAAGGUGACCCCCAAGUCGUUAUCGUGGAUUGGAAGACUUAUGCUAAAGAUGAUUCACCAACGGAAUGGUGGGACAAAGCAAAAUAUUAUAAAGAUCCUCUUUAUCAGUGUUUAUUGUAUCGUGAGCUUUUGCAAACUCACUUAAAGGUGAACGACAUAAAUGCUAGCGUUGGCAUCAUGUUGGUCCCACUCUGUCAAGCACGCCAAGGACAAGUUAUACCAGGCUUAUGCACAAAUUUUCAACAUAUGGAAGAAGAGGGUCUAUUAGAUACCAUUAAAAGUUAUCAAUGGUUUUCCGAGGAAAGUAAAUGUGUUCACACAGUUAUUUUGCCCUGUAAAUUACUCAAUCGCGAGCGUCUGAGUGACACAUACUUAGAAAAUGGAGUUUUAAAGGAGACAACUGUGGUUAAAGAUAUCAUCGAUGACAGUGCUACUGUUGGAGACAUGUGUGAAGAACUGGGACUUCUAAAACUCAAGAUAGAAGAUUCACUUGCUAAGGACGAUAGAAAAAGCGAUGAAGAGGAAGAAAAAAGUGAUGCUAAGAAGAAAGGGCACAUUAGCCGCGUUAAGAGAAUGUUCAAAAGUAAAAAAAAAUAA